AUGGAAACUUUGCUUUGUAUCUUUUGCAGCUUUUGUAAAAAGGAAGAUCACAACAAAGAGAAUCUCUUCAACAGCCUGAACUAUGAUGUUGCUGCCAAGAAGAGAAAAAAAGAUCUGCUGAAUAACAAAGCCAAGAUUCAGUAUUUCCACCAAGAGAAGUGGAUCUACGUUCACAAGGGAAGCACAAAAGAGCGUCAUGGUUACUGCACCUUGGGAGAAGCUUUCAACAGACUUGACUUCUCAAGCGCCAUCCUAGACUCCAGACGAUUCAACUAUGUUGUCAGGCUGUUGGAGCUGAUAGCAAAGUCUCAGCUGACGUCACUGAGUGGCAUUGCCCAGAAGAACUACAUGAACAUUUUGGAAAAAGUGGUGCAGAAAGUCCUUGAAGAUCAGCAGAACAUCCGGCUAAUAAGGGAACUGCUGCAGACUCUCUACACGUCCCUCUGCACCUUGGUUCAGCGGGUUGGCAAGUCUGUGCUGGUUGGAAACAUCAACAUGUGGGUGCACAGAAUGGAGACUAUUCUCCACUGGCAGCAGCAGCUGAACAACAUUCAAAUCACCAGGCCUGCCUUCAAAGGAACUACUUUCACAGACCUACCGUUGUGCUUGCAACUAAACAUCAUGCAGCGACUGAGUGAUGGGAGGGACCUGGUUAGCCUUGGCCAGGUGGCUCCUGACCUGCAGGUGCUCAGCGAGGACCGGCUGCUGUGGAAGAAGCUCUGCCAGUACCACUUCACAGACAGACAGAUUCGUAAACGGCUAAUCUUAUCUGACAAGGGACACCUGGAUUGGAAAAAGAUGUACUUCAAACUCAUCAGAUGUUACCCUCGGAAGGAGCAGUAUGGUGACACGCUGCAGCUGUGCAGGCACUGCCACAUCCUCUCCUGGAAGGGCACCGAUCACCCUUGCACAGCCAACAACCCGGAGACUUGCUCCACUUCUCUUUCACCGCAAGACUUUAUCAAUUUGUUCAGGUUCUGAACUGGGGUCAUCACAGCUUUGGCGAUUCUUACAGGACACUUUAUGCCACUGAGCUUGGACACUCCGUUUGUAAAUAAUGUAAAUAUUCAUGUUUGUUUGGAGCUCCUGAGUCAAGGAGGAAGAGUAUCUUGGAGACGAAAGGUGAAAUUACUCACUGAUGUGCAACACUUAAGGAAUACAGACUUCCAUAGGACUGGUGUAUAAAAGCAGCAUGUUGUACAGACUCCCUUUUUUCCUGAUCAGAGUACAAGAUACAGGGCAGAAACUUCAUUCUUGUUUUUAGAAGUUAAAACUGAAUUUGUCUUGUGGCCCUUUGAGAACUUUCUUGGUUUGUUUCUAAAAAUUGAAAGUAAUACAAGGCUAGGACUGUUGAACUGUUUCUCCAUCUGGUUUUAUUUAGCAUACGUAUUUAUAAAUAUGAUGUUUUAAAAAUAUUUAUGGAAAAUAUCCCUGUGACAAGUUUAAUAAUUUUAUGUUUUUUUAAAGGCACAUUCUGAAAUACUUAGCAUAGAACUCUAGCCUACUUAAAAAAAGAGAAUUGCACCAUACCAUUUUCUACCUCUACUAGAUUGAGUACCUUUCAAA